UUUGUGGACCUCCGUAAUACCAUAGACGAAGAUUCGUUUGCUGCUUGUUUAUUCCGUUGGUGAUAGCUAUAUAACGGAGUAAUAACGUGUCCACACGGUCUAUUUCAAAGACCGUUGGCAGAUUUUUUUCGUUCUUGUCUACUCACCCACCACCGGUCUCGUCAUUGCAUCCUCACAAAUGGCUGAUCCUAAAUACGCCAACUUGCCUGGAAUUGCGUCCAACGAGCCAGAUGUAUAUGAGACCAGCGAGCUGCCAGAAGAUGACCAGGCACAGUUUGAGUCGGAGCUGAAAGAGCUGUGCAGUGACAGUGUGGAGAGGAUCGUGGUCAACCCUAAUGCAGCUUACGACAAGUUCAAGGACAAACGCGUCAGUACAAAAGGAAUCGACUUCUCAGACUGUAUCAGUAAGAACAAAAGAGUGGGUUAUGAGUCUGGAGAAUAUGAGAUCUUGGCGGAGGGCUGUGGGGUGAAGGAAACCCCCCAGCAGAAGUACCAGCGGCUGGUCAAUGAGAUCCAGGAGCUCAGUCAUGAGGUGGAAACCAUCCAGGCGACCACGAAGGAUAGCAGUGCAGAGGAGCGUCUGACCCCAGUAGUCCUAGCCCAGCAAGCUGCCCAGCUCAAACAGCAGCUGGUCUCUGCCCACCUGGACACUCUGCUGGGACCACAGGCACAUAUCAACCUAGCUGACCCAGACAGAGCACUGGCCAAGCGUCUGCUAACCCAGCUGGAGGCAGCGAGGAGCAUUAGGAGGAGUACAGGGGAGGGGAAGGCCUCAGCAGCAUCUAAAGCUCCCGAUGGUGUGGUGCUCUAUGAGCUGCACAGCCGGCCAGAGCAGGAGAAGUUCACAGACGCUGCCAAGAUGGCAGAGCUGGAGAAGCGGCUUGCAGAGCUGGAGACUGCUGUGGGCUCUGGAUCAGACAAACAGGGUCCUCUGAGUGCUGGGGUGCAGGGAGGCAGUCUCAUGGACACCAUGGAGCUGCUGCAGGCGCGGGUCAGUGCUCUGGACUCAGCCACUCUGGACCAGAUAGAGGCCAGACUGCAGAGUGUCCUUGGGAAGAUGAAUGAGAUUGCAAAGCACAAGGCAGCCAUCGAAGAUGCUGAUACACAAAACAAGGUGUCUCAGCUGUAUGACGUGGUGCAGAAGUGGGACGCCAUGGCAACCUCUCUGCCUCAGGUGGUGCAGAGGCUCAUGGCUGUCAAAGAGUUGCAUGAAGAAGGUGCAGACGACCAUGAAGGAGAAUCUCCUGUCGGUAGAAGAAAACUUUGCUGCCCUGGACCAGAGGAUGAAAAAGUUAAACAAAUAAAUCUGCUUAGUUUGAAAAACUGCUCUUGGUCGAGUUUGGAAAAUGUCGGAGGGAGAGAUUGGAGUCUUUUCCACUUCUCUCCCUGUCUGUCUUUAUCUAUUCCUCUGCCUUUUUUUCUGGAUGCCGGAAUGUUUGAUCAAGUGGAUUAUAAUAAAAAAUGGAGACCAAAUGUUCUUGUCUAUUCUCCCUUCCCAACCUCUUUCUUUCCCAUUGAAACAUGUUAUAUUUGGUAUGCAAUGCAAUACGCCACCCACUAUACAGAAUCCCAUUGAAAUGUUUACAUUGGCUGAAAUGCAUUAUUAUUAUGGAGUGGCUGCGGAUCUGACCUUUUGGGGAUCUUUAGUCUUUAGUCCAAAGCUAUUCUCCACUUUACGCACAGAACAGGCUACUCAGGCAGAUGAUGCUACUUUUAAUAGUCAUAUUAAAGCUCAAUGUCUGCAAGAUCACAUAAUGAUCACAGUAUUCUACAUAACAGAACCUAAUAUAAUAGCCUAGUAUAACAUUACUGUUAAACAGAAACACUAUUCAAUAGUGAACAAUCAUUUUUCAAGUUUUACAGGUGAAACAUCCAUGUGGCAUAAUUCUGCAUUGUAACCAUUUGAUCUUGAUCAGUUUCAUGAGUAUACGCAUUUAGGUGUUCUUGAGUUAUACAGUGUUUUGAAGUAGCCUGUUGUUUUGAAUGAUGCACAGGGAAUGAAUUUUAGAUCAGAUGGUGUUAACUGUAGCCUGCCUGUGUAUUUUGUCUAGUGGCGCGCGCGGUUGAGUUUUGGCCGUGAGAGAAAUGCCAUGGUGUUUUUGUUUUACAAUAACGUUUUACUAUGUUUGGUUCUGUUAUGUAGAUUACUGUGAAUAUUAUGUGACCUUGCAGACAUUGGUCUAAACUUUACUAAACAAGCACCAUUCGACCUGAGUAGCCUGUUCUCUACGAGUAAAGUAGAGAAUACAUGCGUAGAUCGUUAUAUUUUUUAUUUAACCUUUAACUAGGCAAGUCGGUUAUUUACAAUGACAGCCAAACCCUAACGGCGCUGGGCCAUAUGCCCAGAAGCUUCAGCUAUUUUCUUUUCUGACUAAAGAAGGCUCCACAGACUCCCACUAUAUACACACACAUCACUUAAUAUUCACAUUCCCUUCAAAGCUUGAUUGCUUUUAGACUGAAAUGAUUCUCAAUGAAAAUGGAUCCAUAACCUUUCAACCUCUUCAACCACACACUGUUUAGGUAUUUUCUACAACAUUCAGUUCAGCUAAGUCAAUUUAUUUUCCUGUUUUGGCAGAGCUCUAUGUAAAGAUAUGGCUCUGGUUUGAGAAGUGUUCAGAACAACAACAAAAACAAAGGUGAAAUGGCAUGUUUAAGAAAGGACAUGUACAACUGCACAAAAACUAGCCAUCGGUUGCAUCCCAAUUGUCCACUCUUCUCCCAAAUGUGCACUUGCACACUUCCCGUCAUGGAUAUAGCAAUGGUGGAAACUUCCUCCAGCCAAUGCUUACACCAAACCAAUGAUGGGAAGUGUGCAAGUGCACACUGGCAGAAGGGUGGAGAAUCGGGAUGUGCAUUGUAAUCCAUCUUCCUACUGGUGUAGCAGCAGGAGCACCUACAGUACCUGUGUGUGUUGGGGGCCUGAAGUCAUGAAGGAAUGCUUGUAAAUACACUUGUGUACUUAAUGUUUCAUACUCCGUUGCUUGUAACUAUUGUAUUAUGACAGACUAAAAUGCAACAGACAAACUAAUUUUAAUCUACUGUGUCAUUGCUUACGAUGGACUGUAAUUGUACCUGACCCAGUCUGGUGAUGGGAUAUCUGAAUAAAACAUGCUUUAACUACA